AAUAACACGGCGUCGAAGGUCUGUGCUUCACGGGCGGCCGCUCGCUGCCCUGAACUCCAAGGUUAACUCCAGACCAGGAAGAAGCUCUUGCAGCUGCGCUCGGGGGCCGGCUCCGGAAAGCUGGAAUUAGGUGCUUCUGAGCAGCUGCAGUAGAUCUGGACGUCGUGGACGUUCACACGAAGUCGAAGCAUGCAGGAGAACAGCCCGGAUCAGCCCACGUCUUUAUCGCAGCUCCUGCGUGAGAGUUACCUGGCCGAGGCCCGAGCUCAUCACCGGCACGGAGAGCCCAGCUGCAUAGACGCUCCUCGCCGGCUGGUCUACGGCACGCUGAAGGAGAAAGCAGACGACUCCGGCGGGAAAGCGGACCCGCAGUUUCCAGACCUGUCUGCUUUCCUGAGCCAGGAGGAGCUGGACAAGAGCGUGGACCUGGCCUGCAAAGCCAUCAGCAGCGACGCUCCCGAGCGCGAGGAGAGAUCCCGCACGCAUCCGCCGCCGAGCCGCCGCGACAGUGCACCUCCGGAAACGGACGCCGCUUCGGAAAGGCCGACGGUCCGGGCCCCCGUCCGAGACGACGCGAUCAGGAGCGCCGCGCCCGAUUUCAAGCGGCCCCCGAGAAGCGCUCCGUACGGCCUGGAGACCCAGUCCAAGAAAGAGUUCCUCAACAAAGCGGCCGAUUUCAUCGAAGAGCUUUCGUCUCUGUUCAAAGCCAACAGCUCCAAGCGGGUCCGGCCCCGCGCUUGCAAGGGCCACCGGAGCCGCUGCCAGAACAAAACCGCGGCCGACGGAGCCUCGUACUCCAUGGACGCAGAGGAUCGCGAGAGACCUAUGGUGCUCGUCCAGCAGACGGAGGAGCCGGCGGGGAACAGCGGAGUCACCGAGGGCCCGCCGGAGACGGAGCCGGGGCCGGCGUGCGAGGAACCUCCUUCGGAGGAGGAACCCGUGUGGGAACCUCCGCGCUUCGUACAGAAACUCAAAAGCAGGGAGGUUCCCGAGGGCAGUAAGGUCCAGCUGGAUUGUAUCGUCAGAGGACUCCCUGCUCCUGAAGUCCGGUGGUUUUGUGAGGGUAAAGAGCUGGAAAACAGUCCCGAUAUUCAGAUCAUCGCUAACGGUGAGCGACACACUCUGAUCAUAGCAGAGGCGUUUGAAGAAGACACGGGCAGAUACUCGUGUUUUGCCUCUAACUUUUAUGGAACAGACUCCACCUCAGCAGAAAUCUACAUUGAGGGAGCGUCUUCGUCAGAUUCUGACGAAGAAAAACAUUUUCAAGCAGAACUUCAUAAAAGUUCUCCUGAGCCCAAACCUGCUGUGGUCUUGGCAGAACCCAACACAUCUGCUGAAGACACCACACCAACUAUAACAUCCACCUUCGACGAACCACCAGCACCUUCUGACUCACUGCCACUGACUGAGCCGAUUACUGACCCAACCUCUAAGCAAGAAGAUACAGAACUUCUGAGUUCCACGGUUGUCAGCUCUGAAAUACCUGUACCAGAACCAACCAUAUCUUUAGCAGAACCAACCGUACCUGUACUAGAACCACCAACGCCAAUAUCUGAGGUGGAGCCCAUUCUAUCUAUUCCUCCACUGACCAUUGCCCCACCAUCACCACCAUCACCUCCAUCCAGCCAAAGUAUCUCCGAUGUACUGUUAACAUCUCAGCCGAGCAUUUCUGAGAAUCUAAAUGGCAGCAGUAGUUAUCUUCAAAGCUUCGAUGUAAGGCCCAUAAUGGCAGCUCCAGUUUUUACGAAGAACCUCCAGGAUGUCCUGGCUGUGGAGAGUCAGUUAGUGGUUCUGGAGUGCCGAGUAAAAGGCACUCCCUCCCCUAAAGUGGACUGGUACCGGGAGGGCACACUUAUUGAAGAUUCCCCAGACUUCAGAAUCCUUCAGAAGAAACCAAGAUCUAUGGCUGAAUCUGAGGAGAUUUGUACUUUGGUUAUUGAGGAGGUCUUUCCAGAAGAUUCUGGAACAUUUACUUGCAUAGCCAGCAAUAAAUAUGGCACAGUUUCCAGUACUGCUGCAUUGAGAGUAAAAGGACACAAUAAUAACAGCACCAACCCUAAAACAACAAGCACUUUAACAGUGGAAUCCUCUCUACAAAAGGUUCUGGAAACCAAACUGAUGUCAACAACUUUAAACCGUAAACCAGAUGUUCCUCUGGUAAACACCAAGCUUCAUUCAAGUAUGAUUUGCCUUGACCCUUUGAGCUCUGGAUUUAGGCAUUCAGACUUUCAGGACUCUGGAUCGCUUCGCUCAGACUCCCUAACUCCUAGUACGCUUCGCCAUGAUCUCACCGCUAGCCUACCUAGUCUAAACCCUCUCAGCAUUGGAAAAUACAGCUCAGAUACUUUCAGGACUAGUUUACCUCAGCUAGACCCACUCAGCUUCGGUUCAUCUUCACUGAACUCAGACACAAACCAUAAGUCUCUCAGCUCUAUCACAACACACUUUGAUUCAGGAGGGUCUGGUUUUAAGCCUUCCACAGAAGUGACCCAAAGUCCACCAAAUGGGUCAGCCUCCAGUAUCACUAUGAGCUCUGAUGCCUGGGUUGAACCAUUAGCAAAUUGUUCAAAACCAACCCCCAGCCCUUCUGUUACUAGUGUCCCACCAGUUAACUCCAGUAACCCUCAAGAGCGACCAACUGUUAAACCCCUACCAGAUCCCCCAACAUCUUGCCUCAAGACAAGACCCGAGGGUGUGUUAGGGAAUCACAACGAAUCUCGCUCUAGUGCCCGAGCUGGCCUCCGUGUAACCUUUAAACUCCCAGAGGAUGAAGACGAGGAAGAAAAAGAAAUGGCAUCUAAAGAACCACCACCUGUGUUUGCUAAACCAAAAUUAGAUCCAGUGCAACUCCAGAUCCUCCACAAUCAGGUGCUUCUGGAACAGGGGCAGGAAAAUGUCUCCCCAAACCAAGAUUCUCCACAUUUAGACAGGACAAGUUGUGAACCACCCCCUGUCAAGCCACCAAACCCUCCUGCAAAUCCAAUUCCAUCCCAACUCCAACCACCUCCUCUUAUAAUGAACUCUGCACCAAUUCUACUGCCAAUCCCUGCACCUGUCCCGCUACCUCCUACAGCACCUGCUCCCAUUUUAAAAGCUGUACCUGUAUCCCAAUUGAGCAUGCCUUUAAACAAUUCCAUGCCAAUGCCCCAGCUUACUCCAUCAGCCACAACAUUACACAACCACCCUCCAAUACCUCAACAAAAUCUGGUUCCUACUACUUUAAGUACUGUUCCACCAGGUAUGGUUCCCUCUAACCUACUAACCCAAAUGAAUAUGGUGCCCACUCCUCCACAGCUGAAUUUGGGGCCAAUCUCAACCAGUGUGGCUCCAGUUGCCCCUAUGACAAGUGUAAUCCCAACAAUCCCAAUAGUUCAAUCCGGAGGUGUUUCUAACAUCCCUAUGCCUCCAAAUUUGGCACCUUCUAUGCAUUUUCCCCAACUUAUCAUGGCUCCAACCACCCAACCUAACCCCAACCAUGUGCCCAAUAUUCCACCCAUCACUCCUACCCCUCAUAUUUCACAAAUUACCAUGAAUCCAACCUUGCAGAUGAACUCUGUUCCCAUUAGUGACUUGAGUGUUGCCAGAACACAGGCACUGAUGUCACUUAAUGCAUCAGCAGUGAACAACACUGUGCCAAAGUUAAACACCACCACAAAUUCUCACCCCAGCAUGGCUCCACAAGACACAAAUUCCCAAGGUGUAUCUUAUCCACACCUGAGUAAAAUCACUUCACCACAUCCAGUGAGAAAUCAGCCUGCAUCGAUCCUGAGUCCAAUGUCUCCACCUCCGUUGAAUGACACCCAGCCUCCACUUCCUGGGAUUAUUCCGAUCUCCACCCAGAGCUUCACCUACACAAGGCCGAAGGAGUUCAUCGCGGCCCAGGCGCUCUCUCCUAUAAGGAGUCCUUCCCCAACCGAGUCUCCUGUUCCAAUGCUCCAUGAAUUAGCUGCACAGAUAUUCCCGAAGUCAACACGGGAGCUCAUGUCGCCUGUCAACCAGUUAACUCCGUCCCCAAGAAAGUUCCCAACAAGAGUUCUGGAGUGUCCAAGCAGCCCACCAUAUGUGUCCUCACCACCUCUUCUGCCUCCUGGGCUGGUGAAUUCAGUGUUUUCUUUUAGAACUCAGUCACCCCCACAAGCUUCUUCACCAACGUCUAGCAGCUCCACUCCUAGCCCCAUCCAAAAUCCAGUGGCCUUCCUUAGUUCAGUCCUUCCUUCACUUCCAACAUCUCCUCCGACCAAUGCCAUGGGACUGCCUAAGAGGGCCCCACCUGGGCCUCAAGCUGCGUUAAAGAAGAAUCAAAGAGGCUCCAGAGUCAUGUCCGAUGACGAUAUCCGCGAGAGCAAGGAGUCACUCUUACAAGAUAUUGAGAAGAAACUGCGUUUUAAAGAUGAACAGCUUCGUUAUGGACAGCAGAAGCAGAGUUAUGGGGGGGAAGUGAGCCCACCGCUCGGACCAAACAUUCCCACCGCAACUGUCAUUAACUAUGACGAGGAAUACAAGGUGUCGAGCUUUGAGCAGAGGCUGCUGGGUGAGAUCGAGUUUCGUUUGGAAAGAACUCCGGUUGAAGAGUCAGACGAUGAAGUCCAGCACGAUGAAAUUCCCACCGGAAAAUGCAUCGCUCCCAUCUUCGACAAGAAGCUGAAGCACUUCCGGGCUGUGGAGGGGAUCCCGGUCACGUUCACCUGUAAACUUGUUGGGAUUCCAGUUCCUAAAGUUUACUGGUUUAAGGACGGAAAGCAGAUUCUGAAGAAAAACGAGCACUAUAAGAAGAUCAGAGAGGGUGAUGGGACGUGUUCGUUACACAUAGAAGCCGUCACAAGUGACGAUGACGGCAACUACACAGUCAUGGCAGCCAAUCCACAGGGAAGAAUGAGCUGCUCGGGUCAUCUGAUCGUCCAAACGGGGCCCGUGCGAAACCGUCCCACCGUCCACUCGCAGAGAGUCCGAGCGCGUGUACAGGAAGUGGAGGGCGAGCCGGCUCAAGAGCGCUUCUUUCGUCCGCACUUCCUGCAGGCCCCGGGAGACAUGUCUGCUCACGAGGGACGCCUCUGUAGGUUAGACUGCAAGGUGAGCGGUUUGCCUCAUCCUGAGAUCAUGUGGCUCCUCAACGGACGGCCCAUAUACCCAGACCUCACUCACCGGAUGCUCGUGAGGGAAAACGGGAUCCAUUCUCUGGUGAUUGAUCCUCUGACUCAAGCCGACGACGGGACGUACACCUGCAUCGCCUCUAAUAAAGCGGGACAGAGCUCCUUCUGCCUGGAGCUCAGAGUCGUGGAAAAGGAGCUGAAGCAGGCGCCUCACUUUGUGGAGAAGCUGCAGAACACGGGCAUCGCGGAGGGCGCCCCGGUGCGUCUGGAGUGCAGGGUGGCGGGAAUGCCCCAGCCGCUCAUCUACUGGAAGAAAGACAACGACACCAUCCCUCACUCCAGAGACCGAGUCAGCAUGCAUCAGGACACCACGGGCUACGUCUGCCUGCUGAUUCAACCCACCAGAAAGGAAGAUGCUGGCUGGUACACGGUGUCUGCCAAAAACGAAGCGGGGAUCAUCUCAUGCACGGCCAGACUAGACAUAUACGCUCAGUGGUAUCAGCACGUUCAUGCGCCGAUGAAGAAAGCGCAGCUCGGCGGGAGUCGAUACGCUGCUCUCACCGGCCAGGGUCUGGACAUAAAGUCAGCCUUUUCCCUGAGCGACAGCGGCCCCGCGGCGUUCUCCUCCCAUCCAGAGCGGACGCUAGAAAGCGACGAGCUGUAGAGUAACGGCAAUCGUCCGACGCUCAUCCUCAGGCCCUUCUAGAUGCGGGUGGGCUCGGUGUCUCGGCAAUGGACGCGAAUGGGUGCCGUCGGUGAAGACCGACCCUUUUGUAGCGAAUACAUCACUGAGGCGUUUUUAACGUCCAACCAAAACGAAUCCUGAAGAAUUCGGCCCGAAAAUCAGCUCUCGUUCCGACGGCACCCAUUCACUGAAAGCAGUGCCACAUUUCUCACAAUCAGCAAACGUUCUGGCCGAGCUGUAUUCAGAUAUAGUGUUAGAUGAGCGUCUGAACGGGUGUUUUUUUGUUUUUUUUCCUCACUGCAUUUAACUUUAUUUGCACAUGAUUUAUUUUUUUGCCCUUCGAGGCGUUAUGUAAAUGCAUUCUGGUCGGUUUGUUGUAAUUUUUUUUUGGCUUAGUGUUUUCAUCUGCUCUUUUUAUUGCCAGCGGUGAAUGUGAACCGGUUUCAUUCGACAGAUCUGUUUUAACGCGUGAACUAUUAAUAAAAAACGAUUGAGAAAGCGAAAUUCAGUCGAGUGAUAUUUCGAGAUCUCUUUUAAACAGAACUCUACUGUGUCUCGCUCUCAUCUAAUCCUAAAUAAAGUUAACGCACUGCUGAAACCGAUCAAAUCUAUUUCUAAUCUGUUUAAUGAAGAACAAAGCAAGAAUCGGUCCUUUUACGCUGCGUGUGAAAAUGAAAAAAAUUAUCAUUUUGUCUCGUUUAUAUAAUAACGCCGAUGCUUCAGUUAAUUUUCCGUAGAGCAAUAUGACAGAUUAUAUAUUAAAUGUUAUAUUAGAUAUUAUAAGUUUACAAACCCAACGUAUUGUUAUACAGUCGCUAGAAGGAAUAAAUGCAAAUGCCUAUGUUGUGAAAAUGUACAAUAGUUGUUUUUCUUGAAAAUAAAGUUAUAUUUAUUCAA